AUUGUCUUGUUUUCCAUUGAACAAUUUAUAAAGGUGUUGGUUGACAGUUGCCACAUAAAUCAUGUGGUUGGCCCCGAGAACGUGUCAGAACUUAAAAAAGUCUCAUCCCUGGGCAGCUUACUAUUCUUCAUGGACAAGUCAAGUCCAACUGGCAAGAGUCCUCCCUCACAGAAAAGAAAUAAAUCGACCAAACUGGACUACCAACAUUCUCACGAGUAGGUUAAAUCUCAGGAGUUCAAGGAUGUUCAACAACAGUUCCUUGGCUUCUGAUGUUUUCAAGGUUGUUAGUCUAGAUGAGAUACCUACAUUACAAGAAGUGUUUGAAAGGAAUUUUCCAAAAUAUUUUCCUUUAAAACAAUAUGUCAGAGUUUUAAAAGAGUACAAGGAAGCAAAAGUAGAACCUCCGUACCAAACCAUCUACAGGUAUGGGGAUGUUGAAAAUGGAGUCUACAUCAUUCAAUCGGCAUUUCCACUUGUAAAGAAUGUCAAGUAUUCAAUGUACUAUGUAUACACAGCUUGUGAGGAUCUGUCAGAAAUGAAGUACGCUUUCAUGAACACUAAGCAAAUCCCCUGGACAAGUGAUUCUGACAUGUUUCAAUUUGAAAUCACGCACGAAAGAUUUGCUCCUGUUAUUUUUGAAGUAGCCAAAACUAAAGGUGUUGACUUUACCAUCAAGAAAUGGAGCAUGUUAUGGGUGCCAGAUCCAAUAGAUCCAAGCACAAUACCUGAAGAUGUGUACCUGCAAAGGCUCAAUCUCAGCCAUGCCGCUGAAGUGAACAACAACUGGCCUCAUAGAUUCCCUGGUUCUGAAGUCUACCUUGGUCAACAAAUCUUCAACAACUAUUGUCUGGGUUUGUUUCGAAAGACUGACCACAAGCUGGUGUCUUCUGCGCUCACUUUCCACUCCGGUGGAAUGUAUGUUAUGUAUGUUGAUCCCGAAUUUCGAAACAAGGGGUAUGCUGAAGUAGUUCUUCGGAAUUUGACUUAUGAUGUACAACAAAAAGGGAGGAUUCCAUUUGGCAUAGUUCUUCUGGAUAACACCCCUUCACUCAAACUAACGGCGAAAUUGAAGUUUCAAUAUUUCUCAACAGUAUAUUCUUUGGAUAGAUUAAAAACAAACAUUCUGUAAGUGUGAUUAAACAAUACACUAGGCUCAAUAAAUAUACUACAGAUUUGUUCACUAUGAACUGGAUUUUGUCUGUUAUCAAGUAGUAUUUUGAAAUUAAGUACACUCUUGACUUUUUAAAUCU